UGACUUUAAGUGAGUGACUAUUGAGUCAACACUUUGUCUAUUAAUACAGUAUUGAAGUGAUUGUGUGACACAUUUGACACAACAAUUACCACAACAAGACAUACGAUUAAAACAAAAGGUAUUGAUUGGCAAAAAUGAUGCAAUUUAUGUUACUCUUCAGCCGUCAGGGAAAACUACGUCUCCAGAAAUGGUUUGCCGCAUAUCAGGACAAAACCAAGAAGAAGACCACUCGAGAACUGAUUAAUAUAAUUCUUUCCCGAAAACCAAAGCUUUGCUCAUUUCUCGAGUGGAAAGACUUGAAAAUAGUCUAUAAAAGAUACGCUAGUCUUUACUUUUGCUGUGCUGUCGAACAGUCCGACAAUGAACUCUUGACAUUAGAGAUAAUUCAUCGAUACGUUGAACUAUUGGAUAAAUACUUUGGAAGUGUGUGUGAGUUGGACAUCAUAUUUAACUUUGAAAAGGCGUACUUCAUAUUAGAUGAGUUACUUAUUGGUGGAGAAGUCCAGGAAACGAGCAAAAAGAAUGUAUUGAAAGCAAUUGCAGCACAGGAUCUGCUUCAAGAGGACGAAGUCGUUGACAAUACUUUAAAAGAGUUUGGCUUAUAUUGAAUGCACGUUUAGAUUCAUUAGAAUCUCAAUCAAUGACUAAUUCAUAAUUUCUUAAGCUUUAUGUUGUUUGCCAUUUAAUACUAAGCGCACUGUCUUUAUGUAUAAAUCAAUGCCUUUUCUAGUCUUAAGUGCACUAUUGUGUUGACCAGACAAUCGUUUUGCACAAAUAAAGAGAUUAUUUUUUUUAAUUAAACGAUAAACACAUU